AUGACUGGAGGCAUUGAGUGCCCCAAGUACGAGGAGGUGUGCCCCUUUGUCCCCAGCAGCAAGGGUGCCGCCCCUGAUGUUGGACCGUCGGAGACGUUGAGAAACGUUGAGGACAGCAACAGCGACCAAGCGAUGAGCGGGGAGCUGAGCAGCUCUACUGGCCACGGAUCUUCAUCCUCAUUUGAACGAAAACGUUCUGAAAUGAAGUCUUCCGUGUCAGAUGCACCGAUGUCUUCUGCCACGGGGAAAUACAUGAUAAAGUCCAACACGGCAAUUGUCUGA